GAGGUAUGCGCACAGAAAUCUGAUGGAGGGAGUUCCAUUAAGAUGAUCUUCUCUUUACCGGGCUAUGGCGCAAGACUUGAACAGUCGAAAGUGUUCUGAAAUUGAACGGUAUUAUGCGUGGCUUUUUCAUGUUGCUAAACAUAUGUUUGCCUGUUCCACCUUGCGUCCAUGGAAAACUUAGAAAGAGUAAGACAAUUAUGUAGCCGGGCACCUGUCUGACCGUCGGAAAGAAGUCCGGAUCGGUGCAAACUCCUCCCACCGAAACACAGGACAGAAAAUCAAAUACCCUCACAGGAGACGCGAGGUUUCGAGGUGGCUAGCUAUACCGAAACUAAUCAAAGCGACAUCCGUAGUACCCUGACCAUCAAUCGGUUUUAUGACAUAAACACAAUCACUCCGACUCCGGUAACCUUCGGGAAAUCGCGAAAGAGUAAUUCCAUCUCAACGGCUUUGACAUAUCGCUGACAUCAUGGCUGAAUUUAGCAUCGAUCAGAACAAACUGCCUGGAGUUAAAGAAGUUGUUCGGGACUUUGCUGUGCUGGAGGACCACUGCCUGGCCCACAACCUGCAGGAGCAGGAAAUUGAGAGUCACCUGGCGUCCAACAUCACCAAGAGCCGUCUGGUUCAGCAGGACGUAGCUUUGGCCAAGCAGCUACAGCAGGAAGAGGACCGCAGGGCCAAGGCCAAAGCCCACAGACAGCAGAGAGACAUCGAGCGCAGUGACAAUGAGAUCGCCCAGGAGAUUCAGGAGGAACUGGUCCGACAGGCGGAGCAGCAGCGGAUUCAGGAGGAGAAGGAUGCAGCCAUUGCUCGUAAGCUGCAGGAGAAAGAGAUGAAGGAGGAGAGGAAACGUCAGAAGCAGCUGGAGGCCAACUUUGAGGAGGAGUACUAUGAAGAUAAAGGAGCUGCCAGACCCCCUCUGGACCUACAUGAAAAACCCAGGAGGCCAGCCCCUCGCCCGUACUCCCCCCUGUUAGAGCCCCUCACGCUGGGCUCACGUCGUGGCCACUCCCCUGAGUACAGUUCCCCUGAACGGGGUGCUCGCUCGGAGUACUGUGUAGAGCGUAGGGCAAACCAUGGAGACUGUUACCCGGACAACCACCCCCCAACUGAGGGCAGAAGCAGAGGGAAGGGGGGCCAAAGGAGCAGAGAAACCCAGGGCCUGGACAUCCAGGAGCACAGGAGACACAGAGACGACAGAGGAGAGGAGGCUGACCGGACAGUGAGGAAAAAAGAGGGACCUCCUCGACCGCCUCCACCGUCCCACAUGCCUGUAGAGAGAGACAAGACCUGGGAGAGAGACAGGCUGAGAGAAAACAGGAGGGACCUGGAGGAGAUGGACACCCAGAGACCCAGCGAGCCAUCCCGAGACCGACAGCACAACAGACACCAACGACGGGAGAGGACUCGGAGCAGGGAGCUUGACCUGGAUGAAGACCUUGAGCCCUUCCAGGCUAGCCGCAGCCGCCCCGGGCCCGGUGGUGGUGAGCGGGGCCCUGGGCAUGCAGAGGUUGAGGAGGAGGAGCAGUCCAAUGCCCAUCUGAGGCUCCACUCUGUCCCCAGUGAGCUGUGGGAGGAGCAGGCCAGGAGGAGCCCAGGGAGGGAGAGAGGGGAGAGGAGGGCUCACAGAGACCCUGGGGAGGGCCCCAGCACAGGCAGGGUUCGCUCCCACAGUCACCCCACUCCCAGAGAGCAAGGUCGUAUCGUGCAAGGAGGACCUGGAGGUCGUGGACCAGUGUUGGCAGGAGGGGAGUACGGGUUGGGCGAGGCCACCCAAGGCAUCACUAAGCUGGACCUCAGGGAACAGGAGCUCCUGGACAUGGAGGUGGCCCGGAAGUUACAGGAGGAGGAAAUGAAGGCAAGCAAGAUGGACAAACGUGCCGCCCAAGUAGCUCAAGAUGAGGAGAUUGCUCGUCUGCUAAUGGAGCAGGAGAAGAAGGAGUAUAAGAGGUCCAGAGAUAAGGAGAAGCAGGCGAUGAGGCCAGAAGAGAGGAGGAGGCCAGAGGAGCGGGGGAUGAAGCCAGAGGAACGUGGGUUGAGGACAGAAGAGAGGAGGAGGCCAGAGGAGCGGGUGAUGAGGCUGGAAGAGAGGAGAAGACCAGAGGGAGGAGACUACAAGCCCAUCUCUGAGGAGGUUGUUCGGCCGAGGUUACGAGAAGAGGAAUACCAGAAGCCCAGGAAUCCCCAGAAGCCUACUAGACCACCUCAACCUCAUCCACAGAUCUAUGAGAACGUGGAUUCCACCUACAGCUACUCAGAGACCCACUACAUGUCCCGCACCCCGGCCAGGCCUGAAGCCUCUUACAAAGGUGCAUCUUACCGGCAGUGACCUCACCUGUCUGUCCUGUGUGUCUUUUGGUUCUUUUUAUUUUUACUCGUCCUUGCUGUAUUUUCUCAAGUCGCUCAUCACCUACCGACCAAACGUUUGGACAGUGUCUCUUGUCCUUGGCAGUGGGGUUCCCUAACUGGCUCCAAGUUAGCAGGGUUAUGCUAAGCUCAAACCUGCCCUCUCAUCCAUUUAUUUACAUAUUUUACCUUUUUUUUUUAUUGGCGCAAGAACCAAGACAACCCAAAGUAGAUGCCCCGUGACGACAUCCUGAAUCCCAGCUCAACUGCUGAUGAUGGUCAUGAAGCUAAAGAAGAUGAAGGAACUUCAUCUAUGUCGUCAUUGGUCCUUUUUCUCAUGGCCUUUGCUGGCUGUGUAACUGCAGUCUGUUGCUCCGUCCUUCUGGUCUGUCAUCUCGUCUGUGGGACCUGCCUGUUCUUCAGAACUGUCCUCGCAUCGCGCUGCGCAUCAAGGCUGAACACGUCCUGUCAGGUCCGAGCUACUGUGCAUAUGUAAUGCCCCUUUGGAGGAACUCGUUUUUAUUCACAGAAGAAAACCUACCAGUGGUAUAUCAGGAUGCUGGGUGUUCGGCUGUGCGUUAACUACUGUCCAGUCCUGACUGGUUCCUUGCUGUAAGCUGUCUCCCAGUACACGUAUUUCCCCUGUGUCUUUCUGAGGUUUUUUCCCCACUUGGAAUAAGGACCAGCGGUGGGAAGCGGCAUGUUGUGGGACAUACUGCUGUGAUUGGGUGUUUUAUGUGCAUGCUUACUGAAGGUGUGCUCUCCUGUACGCUGUCAUUGUUUUCUCCGCAGAGUUGACUGACAUCCUUUCAGUCCACAAGAGGCCAAGCCACCGCAAACUGCCGUCAUUUUUUGGGUUGGAUUGAUUAAAUAUGCUAUUUGAAAUAUUGCCCUCUAUGUUUAAUAAAAUGUUCAUCAGUAUUUAUCUUCUGUAAUUGCGACCCAGAACAGGUGGACCAGGAGGAACUGCAGACCGAUUUCCGGUCAGUGCCAAACAUGAGACUGUGCUUGUCCCUUCAGGGCUGUAUUCAUUGUCAGACCAAUGGGACAAAACAGGAUGUGACCAGCCAGAAUGUGUCCAGUGGCUGGAAAUGUCCCCAGGGCUGUUUUUCUUACAAACCAUAUGCAUUGGUUGAGUGGUUGCCAGUGCCCACUAGUGGACAUUGUCUCAAUUACUGGUCCUAUGUUUUAUUUUAGUUUUCUGUACUUUUAUUUAAUCAUUAUAUUUAUAUCAGUUUUUUUGUAGGGCAUUUCUUGUUUCCUGUAUGUUCCAUUCCAAUUGAAAUGCAUUAGCUUUCUGUCUCACACAUUCUGAACUUCUCUCUCUGUCUCUCACGCGUACACACACACACACACACACACACAGUAGAAAGGCAUGAAGGGUAGUUUCAUCCACUGAGCCAAUAGGAAAGGUGAGAAUGUAAUGUAAAACCUCACAAAGGGACCUAUUGACUGCUGCGUGAUGAGGUCACUGUUCCUGCUCAGAUUAGUCAUUAGUUCUGUAUUAAGGAGAGAUUAGAAUAACAGACCAAUUUCCGUCAUAUCCGACCUAAUUAUAUUUAUAUUUUAGUACAUUUUGCAGAGGCUGUUAUCUGGAGCCACCAAGAGUAGCAGGUGUAUAUAUGUUUUCAUCCCGGCCCACUGUGGAAAUAAAACCCACAACCUGGGCAUUGCCAGCGUCACGCUCUACUGACUGGUAACCCUAACCCCGUUGUAAAAAGGGAUCUGUGCUGCAUCGGAGUGGGGAUUUAGUAUGGACUGUCCCAAAUGGCCCCCUCCUCCUUAUGUAGUGAACUACUUAGGCCUUGGGCAGAACACUUGAACUGGGUUGGAAAUGUGUGCGAUUUGGGACACGCCCUACUGCAAGUAGUGGCAAUAUUAUGUUUUACAGUUCAUGUUUAUUGCACAGAUAUAAGAAGGGUAAUCCAAAAGUUUGGUUUUACAAUCAUAUCUCAAUUUUUCUGCUGCGUAAUAAUCAGUCUUACGAUGGUGUUUUGUUGAUGUUGAUAUGCUUUGUCCUAAUUGGUAUCAUCUGCCUCGUUCUGCAUCUGAGUCUUUCUAAAUGUUCAGACUGUUUGCUGGUUGGCGUUUGUGCCAAAUGUAUGAUUUUGUUUCCCAGGGACUUGUAGAUAACGGGGACUUUCGGCUCUUAGGUCUGUUGAGAUGGAUUGGUGUAGAAUCGCCCUCAUCUGAGGAAUUUUAUAUCCUAUUGUGUGAUAAUGGCUCCAUCUUGUGGACAUACUGAAUAUUUAAUUAAAACUCAACGUGUCUGAUCAGAGGGUGAGUUCAUAUUUGUUAUUGCUGUAUAACCUACUGAUUGGCGUCCUAUAUGCUUUGAGUGCAAUCUGAACUGAAAUCAAGUGUAAAUGUUAUCUGUUCUCCCAUCCAGAGCCUGAAUGCAACCAAAACAAACCAUGAAGGCACCAGUGUUGGUUUUUGGCCCUUACUGUAACAGACUGUUUUGUAUCUUGAACUGAACAAAGGUUUUGCUUUUGCCAUCUCAGAAACAAUACCAACAUUUUCAUAUUCGCCAAACUGUUAUGUCCAGUUCUGUGGUGUCACUAGUGUUCAAACUGCAGGCCCAGGUUCUGUGCAGUAUCUCUGUCAAGACGCUCCUGCACUGAGAGAUGAGUCAGAGCACCAGUGAAUUGUUUAUGUAUGGCCUUAAUGUGCAUGUGGUGCCGUUGGCUUCUUCUGAAAAUAAAUCAAAACUGACUCUUAGUCA